GCUAACUGUGAAAAUAAUGGCUUCAUACCAAUGUCGCACCUGCCGUGAGGCAAAUGUUGGCAAUUUCUAUUCACUAUCAGAUCUUUUGGAUGAGGAGCGCUACCCCAAGAAGACACUUGCAGACUUUCUUUGGGAUGUCGCAAAAAUCAAUAAUAAGUCGGAAGAGGCCCAGCGUUUGCCCCAACAUAUAUGUGGAGGCUGUUCACGCAAGCUAAAAAAUGCAUAUGCAUUUGUGGUACAAGCGCAGAUUGCCAACAAAAAGCACUUCGCUAGCUUGUAUAUAGAAAAUAUCUCGGCUAAUGUUGAGAAAGAAUUGGGUGGAAAUCAUAACGAUUGUCUGUUGGAGGCCCCUAUUGAUAUACCCUUGGGACAACCGGAAAUUAAGAAGGAAUCUGAUUUCCAUGAGGAAGAUGAUGGAGGUGGUACAGAGAAUUUAGCCGAUGUCAACAAAGAGGCAGGAAACCGUGCAGAUGAUGUUGGUCAGUUGGUAAAAGAAGAAGUGCACAUAGAGGCGGAUGCAGAAAGUAUCAGCUCAGAUGACAGCACAGGGAUCGAUCCUAUAAAUACUGUGGAAACUAGUUGGAAUAUUGAUAAUACAGAAAAUGAUUUUGAAAAUCAGAGGGUUCUAAAAAGUGACAAGGAGGAUGAGACUCCACCAGUGAAACGACGUCGUGGUAGACCUCAAACUACUUUAACAUUAGACUAUACUUAUCGCGAAGAAGACGCCCGAUAUCACUGUAAUAAAUGUGAGAAAAGCUUCGCUUGGAAAAAAGAUGCAGGGCGACAUAUGAAAAUACAUUUAGGUAUUUUUCCGUAUGAAUGCGAAAAGUGUAAUCAGCGUUUCCAGCGAAAAGAUAAAUUUGACAAACACAUGAAGGUACAUUCAAAAAACUCCACUGGCAAUACUACAGAAGAUGGCAAGGAAGUCGUUGAAUCAACCUUGCAACAGAAAAGAGACGAGGAAGACACCGAGACUAGUGAUGAUCAGAGCGAUGAAGAUAGCGACUUACCGAGACGCCGCCGUGCUAGACCCCUUUCCACAAAAAAAUUGGAAUUCACAUUUUCCAAUGAUGAUGGGCGUUAUCACUGUAAUAGGUGUAACAAAGACUUUGCUUGGAAGAAAGAUGUUGAACGUCAUAUAAAAAGUCAUUUUGGUAUUUUCCCAUACGAGUGUAAACAAUGUAACCAUCGUUUCCAGCGAAAAGAUAAGUUCGCCGACCACUUGAAGACCCAUUCAAAACCAGAGGCUGCAGUCAAACGUUCACGGCCAACAGUGCGGGCAGAGUGGAACUUCGCAGAACGCCUUUACACAGAGCAGCGUUUCCGUUCGGUUGAAUGCAAACUCUGCACUGACGCUAUUCCGAACAUUGAAGCUUUAAGGCAGCACUUGCAAACACAUAAUCAACCAGAUUCUUUGCGCUUAAAUAUUGAGGGUGAAGUAGUUCAAGAACUUUUUCCUAAUUCUAAUGGUGAUAUUGGUAAAAUUAAAGCACAAAUAUGCAAAGACAUCAAGGAUCAGCGCUACGCAAAAUAUUACGCAAUUAUUAAUGCAUACGGUUACGAAAUGGCUCUUAGCGAUUCUGAUUCAGAACCUAAUCCAAAUGAAACGAAAUACGAAUGUGAACUGUGUCAUGCCAAGUUUUCACGCAAGCAUCAACUAUUCCAGCAUUCAAAAACGGAACACGCACAAGAGAAACUGCCGCAUAAAUGCAACGUUUGCAAGUUAGAAUUCGUCAGUGCUACCAUGUAUGAAUUGCAUGCACGGACCCAGUGCAGAAGUCGAGAUAAAAAGUACCAAUGCCUUAAAUGUCCUGGCAAAUUUGUGUGGCUACAGAACUUACAAGGACAUAAUUGCUCUAAUCGUCUCAAUGUCUACGUGCCCAAAUGGCCAGAUAAGCGCAAACGACAUCUAUUGCAGUGCAAUUUUUGCGAUAAAACUUUCCGUUAUGCUACAGAUUUGAAACGACAUCAAGAGACACAUAACUUAAACAGUCGCUCGCAUGUGUGCGCUAUUUGCAGCCAACCUUUCUUGAAGGCAGAAAAUUUGCGACAACAUCUGCGUCAGGCGCACGAGCAGAUAAAACGUCGAAUUGAAUGCUGCUUAUGUACAGAAAAACCGAAAACACUCGCUCAACUCCGGACCCACUUGUCACAGCAUUCGGAUGGUUGGACUGGCAUUCGUUAUACGGAGGCAAAGUAUUUUAAGGUACAUUGGCCGCAAGGUUGCCGCGGAAAAGAAGGAGAGGUCGAGCAGAGUAUUUUAAUUGAUUUUGCUGGACAAAAUUUAACUAACUACUAUUCAGCUAUGGAUGAGAGUGGUAACGAGUUAGAUUUGUACGACUCUGAGACUGAUUUGGACUUGGAAUCAGGCACUUCGACCAGUGAGCCACUUUCGUCUAUCUCUUACACUUGCGACCUGUGCGGUCAGGUAUUUUUCAGGAGAAAACGCAUACUCCAACAUCAACAUAGUGCACAUGCUGAGGAGAAGCAACCAUUUCCACAUUCUUGUACGCGUUGUGAUAAACGAUUCAUUUGCGCGGGCUUAUUGGAACAGCAUUAUAAGCGCGACUGUGGCAACAUAUAUAAGCGUUUUGAUUGCCAGCGUUGCUCAGCCCGUUUUGUGUGGGAGGAAAAUCUCCAACACCACAUGCAACGCCAACACAUUGAUCCGGAGCAGCAGAUAAGUCGACAGCUAGCCAAUAAACUCCAAUGUGACCAAUGCAACAAAGUUUUUGUUUGGCCAAAGGAUCUUACACGACACAAGCGCAUACAUAUGCCCGACGAUGAGAAGUUUGAGUGUCUAUACUGUGAACGAAAAUUCUAUAGAAAGGACCAUUUGCAAAUUCACUUGAAAACGCAUGGCGCUGGCGGUAGCAUGGCAGCCGCAACUACGACCGCCAUUGCUAGCAAACGGGAGCUUAAUCGGAAGGUGAAUGCGGUCGAUCCGCAUCUAUGCCAACCGAACGGCUUGAAAUGCGUCCAAUGCAAAAUAUGCUUGUCCAAGCAUACCAAAAUAGCCGAUUUACGCAUACAUCUCUUAGAGCAUCAAAGUAAUGUCUCUUUAACACAACAUGUUACAACAAAUUCGGAGUUAUCUUUACUUUUCUAUCCCGAUGAGGCACCGAUGUCUAAGGAGCUGUUAAUGGCAUGCAUGAAAGCUGAUAUAAAUGCCGGUCAAUUAGAUCGAUUUUAUUCGAUCACCAAUGAAUUGGGCCAUGAGUUGAGCAUUAGCGGUUCUGAUACUGAUGAUACAGAUUCGGACUCCGAACCUGAUGAAUCAUUAGAUAACGCAACGGGAUACAAUGUUCGCCAUCCGAGACGUUCAACGUACAAUUGCGAUUUAUGUAAAUUAACUUUUUCGCGAAAGUACAAAUUGUUUGCUCAUCAAGCUAAUAAUCAUAGUUGGGAAGAGGCACCACAUGUUUGCCAACAUUGUCAAGCGCACUUCUUAUGCGACAAGCUCUUACAGUCGCAUUACCGUCACCAAUGCAAAAACUUGCUUAAGCGUUACGUGUGCCGCAAAUGCCCGCAACGCUUUAUGUGGAAGGAAAAUCUAAAAAUGCAUUUGCGUUCAAUGCAUCCGGACAGCGAGGAAGUGAAGAAGGUGUUUGCACCCAGUUCCUUCGAUUGUGAGGAAUGUUCCAGAAGUUUUCAGAUGCAGAAGGACCUAACACGCCACAAGUUGACACAUCGCCCUGAUGCUACCGUUUUUCCUUGCCUCUGGUGUCCACGCAAAUUUUUUAGAAGAAGCAAUUUAUAUCUGCAUAUCAAGCGACAUGGCAUAUUAUCGCAUCAAUUGAGCGCUGCGGCCUCUCACAUUACAGCUAGUAAAGGACCAAAUGGAAAGAAGCAAAUCCAGUGUCGAGUAUGUAAUAUACAGUUCAAUAGCUUGUCUACUCUACGCGAGCAUAUUCGACAAGAGGCGUCGGCUUUGCUAUCUACGCACCCAAAUUAUAAUUCCCAGCAAAAUUAUUCGAUUAUGAAUGAGUUAGGUUACGAAUUGGAUAUCGAUGAUUCGGACACAGAUGAAGAAGCCCAGCCACCUAAGGCAUACAAGUGCCAAAUGUGUGGGUUGGUUUGCAAGAGACGAUAUGAGAUGGGACAACAUCAACUAUCGAUGCACAAACACGAACACAUAACACUCCAAUGUGAGAAGUGCGUUUUCAGAACUGUUUCGAGUGAUAUCAUGGAGCAUCAUUUACGCACACAAUGCAAUAACACCGAAAAACUACAUCAGUGCACACAGUGUUCGUACAGGUUCAUGUGGCCCGAGAAUUUGGAUAUUCACGUGAAGUUGGUGCAUCCACAACCGUUGGAUGAAGGCCAGACCACUGUAGCCGUUAUAGACGAGCCUAUCCCUUCGGGACGUAUUGAACCCGUCCCGCCGCAAGAAUUCCAUUGUGAUAAGUGCGAACGUAGAUACAAUCGUAAAGAUCGACUUUUUGCGCAUAUAAAAAAGAUGCAUGGCCCGGAAAGUGAUGGUCCCAGUUGCAGCAAAAAUGUAUCUACAAAUAUGCCAACAAAUACCAAAAAAGCCACACCGAAAGAAAAAAAGUUUCUCUGUGCAUUUUGUGGCCGCGCAGUGAGCUCAUCGUCAAACUUGAUAGUACACAUGCGACGACACACUGGCGAGAAGCCAUUUCAAUGUGAGUUCUGUGACAAGGCUUUUCCGCGAUCCUCCGAUUUGUCUUGUCAUCGACGAACGCACACAGGCGAAAAACCACAUCGUUGCACCGUUUGCAACAAAUCAUUUUCACGCUCAUACAAGCUGCAGACCCAUAUGCGUAUACAUUCUGGCGAAAGGCCAUAUAAGUGUACCUUCUGUGAGAAGAGUUUUACGCAAUCCAAUGAUCUAGCACUGCAUGUGCGCCGUCAUACCGGUGAACGGCCAUAUGAGUGCAAUGUGUGCGGUGAGGGCUUUAUUCAAGGAACGGCUUUAAAGAAUCACCGUACAAUUACAGGGCAUUUCAAACCAGCCGAAAUGCCGGAUAUGUCGAUGGACGAAGAACAGCCAAGUAAUUUGUUACAAUUGGAUGAACAGGGUAACAUUUUAAUACAGUUGUAAGAGCAGGAGUUUAAGUUAACCGCGCAGAUAUAUAAAAA